AUGGAGGGCGAUGAGGUUAUCGGCGCACCAAAGCAUCCUGAUUGGCUGCAAAUGGUGCGCAUUAAGGAAGGGGAAGUUCCCCGCGUGAUCGCCUAUGUUUCGACUAGGCUAUCCCGCUAUCGUCCCGCUAUGCGUCGCGACAUCCUUGUCCUCUCCCUCUUUAGUGGGGGUGAGGUUCUUAACCUAAUGAAUGUCUAUUCUGACGAUCAACACACAGCCAUUGAGCACCUCGCUGCUCGUGUGCACUCUUUACCACCUUUCAUUUAUAUGGCUGGUGACUUCAACUGUGUGUUGACAACUUGGAAUGACUAUGAGCAUGGCGAGUCGUCGACAGCAAUAUCUCUGUGGGAUACUGCAUCUCAGAUCGGCCUCGAGUGGGCACGACCUUCUAACCAUGGACUGACGUGGAUCAGUCCUAAUCCAAACCAGAGAUCCAACGUGUUGGAUCUUGUAUUCUUAGCUCCAUCUGAGAUUCUAAUCUUGAUGCCCAGAUUGGAGCACGGUCUCCAGGGUCCGUCAGAUCAUGUCCCGAUCUGCGCAGAUCUUGAUAUCGGUCCCGAACCGCCCGGAUCUGGGCGACGGACAAUUAAACCCAGAGGUGAGGCUGAAAAGUCUUUCAUUUCGGAUAUCCUCCGGGAUCUUGCGGCUAUUCCUGUCGCAGCCCCGGCAACCAAGGAAGGCGUUGAAGGUUUAGCCGAUGCUAUCGCGACAGCGUUCUCGGACACGUGGCUUGCCCAUUCGACCAAGUCCAAACCUACCAAGCACUCCAAGUCCUGGUGGACGGACGAGUGCUCAGAGACAUUCAGAGUAUAUCAGUUGAGCUGCUUGCUCGCUGACUACAACAAGUUUAAGAAGGUGUAUAAAGAUGCCAAGCGUGAUUUCUUUGAUGAACGCAUCGCAGAAAUUGCUACUUCUCGCAAGCGCCCAUGGGACCUGAUGGAGUGGGUCAAACAGCGCAAGCUACCACCCUGUGAGGCUAUUCGCCACGGCCAUCAGCCUUGCCAUGAUAUGGACGACCUCUGGGACACCCUGCACGGCACGUACAACUUGGCCUCUGGUCACGAGUACGAUGCCUCCGUCUUAGAUGAGCUUCCUGAUGAGCCGGUCCGUGAGUGGGCUGACUUCUCAGAGCAUGAGUUGUUGAGUGCCCUUAAGGGGUGUUCCAACUCCUCUGCACCAGGACCGGACCAUGUUACAUGGGUCCACCUAAAGGAGUUGCUCAAGGAUAAACACGUCCUUGCGCUCUUCAUUGUGCUGGCCAACGCUUGCCUUCGGGUGGGUCAUUGGCCGCGUAUAUUCAAGGAGUCGCUAUCGGUUAUCGUUCCGAAACCGAACAAGCCCUCCUACGCCAUACCAAAGGCCUUCAGGCCGAUAGUACUCCUCAUCACUUUCGGUAAACUUAUUGAAAAGAUGAUUGCCAAUAGGAUACAGUUUGACGCCGUCAAGCAUGAUAUCUUCCACCCUAACCAACUUGGCGGCAUCUGCCAGAGGUCAACUGAGGAUGCUGGAUUGAUUCUGACUCAUCUCGUGCGAGCGGGGUGGGUUAAGGGUCUCCAGACUAGCACGCUGGCUUUCGACAUCGCGCAGUUCUUCCCUUCUAUCAACCAUGAGAUGUUCAUGGCUGUACUUCGCAAGCAAGGGUUCUCACCAGUUCUGGUGGAGUUCUUUGCCUCUUAUCUCAUUGGUCGUUCCACAUUUUAUUGUUGA